AUGGCUUUAAAUGAGAAAAAGCCGCCCUCUUCUUCCUCCUCCUCCUUCUUUGGGGGGCGGGGUGGCGGCGUCGGGUCCUCGUUCUCUGCGAGGGGCCACUGCGAGUCCCUGUGGGCGCUUCCUCCGGGCGAGAGCCCCGUGAUCUCGGCGGUGAUGUUCUCGGCGGGGCUGGUGGGCAACGUGUGGGCGCUGGCGCUGCUGGGCCGGGCCUGGCUCCUCCGACGGCGCCGACGACGACGCUUCUCCGCCUCCUCCUCCUCCUCCUCCUCGGUCCGCACGCCGCCCUUCCGCGCCUUGCUCUCGGCGCUGGUGCUGACGGACCUGCUGGGCACCUGCCUGCUGAGCCCGGCCGUGCUGUGGGCCUACGCGACGGGGCGGGCGCUGGUGGCGCUGGACGGCGGGCGCGGGCGGCUCUGCCUGGCCUUCGCCUUCGGCAUGAGCUUCUUCGCGCUGGCCACGCUGGCCUGCCUGGGCGCCAUGGCCCUGGAGCGGAGCCUGGCCCUGGGCGCGCCCUACCUCUACGCCCGGCUGCUGGGGGGGGCGCCGGCCUGGCUGCCCUGGGCCGCCCUGCUCGCCCUCUACGCCUUCUGCGCCGCCCUCUGCGCCGCCCCGCUCCUCCUCGGCUUCGGCCGCUUCGUCCAGUACUGCCCGGGCACCUGGUGCUUCCUCCAGAUGCGCUUCCAAGGGGGGCCCCCCGAGGGGCCCGGCGCGCCCGCCUUCGCCCUCCUCUACGCCGCCCUCCUCCUCCUCCUCGUCCUGGCCGUCCUCCUGGGGAACCUCAGCCUCAUGGUCAGCCUGGUCCGCAUGCGGAGGCGCGGGAGGGGGCUCCGCCUGGCCGGGACACCCCCGGCCUCCUCCUCGCCGCCCCACCUCUCCAUGGCCCAGGAGGCCGACCACCUCAUCCUCCUCUCCAUCAUGACCCUCACCUUCGCCGUCUGCUCACUCCCCUUCGCCAUCCGCGCCUUCAUGAACAACUUCCUUCCGGAAAGCAGUUAUGAAGAGGACCUCCGGGCGAUGAGAUUUCUGUCCGUCAAUUCCAUCAUUGACCCCUGGGUCUUUGCUAUCCUGCGCCCUCCCGUCCUUCGAAUGAUACGCUCCAUGUUUUGCUGUCGGACGCCAUUUAAAGCGCGGACUAAGAGCAAGCAGGCAUCUUGCGUCGCCAAACAGACUCCUGCAAUGGAGGUUGACAUUUGCCACCCGUAGCUCUCCGUCAUGUUGGAGAACGCAUUUGGAAGUUUGUGGGUUCCUCAGGGACAUUGGUUGUUGUGUUUCUAUGCUCACUGCAUAUCAAUGUGUGCCACGGACUGUCCAGGUGUCCGCUGUCCUGCCUCUGGGAGGAUUGUCCAAAGUGACCCUCCACGUUUGCAUUCUUUGCAGACAUAUUUCAGGGAAGCAAAUUUGAAGGAAGGAAAUUUGAUCAUCUAACACAGUAUUAUCUUACAGCAACAGCUCUCCAUCUUUCCA